AUGUUUGCCCAUGCGCUUCUCUACGCUUUGCUCUUGCUUGGUAAAGUCGCGGCACUUCCGAUCGGAGGCGCCGUCGACUCCAGCUACGAUGCUUGGGCUACAGCACUCUCUGAUGUCGGCCCCCUCAUCCUGCUCAUCGGCGAGCGAAGUACCAAACAGCUGCUCCGAGAUGUGAGAAGCAUCAGUGGUGCUUUCAGCCUCGCCGCUGCGCCCCUGGGUCUGGUCUCGAUCGUCACAAGUCUGCUGCGAAUGUCUGGUUCUCAUCGUGUCCGUUCUUUCCUGGGCUAUGAGCAAGAAUCACGGAGCGUUGCGGCAUUAGAAUUGUCCCGUAUCAAUUGCAACGGCGUCCACCCGGAACUCAUUGACGGCUAUCUGGUUCGGACAACGGCCGCGAUAUCUGCACGGCAUGCUGGGGUGGUUGGGGUCUCGGCCUUACAGUCUGAUCUGACUCGAGAGACUGCAGAAGAAGCUAUUGCCCAGGCGACCUGCUGUAACUCGUACGAAGCUGCAAAGGCACGUCUGCGAGUCCCCAAAACAGAUGCAAAACUGAAAUGGUGCUCGCAAAUGGCGAUCGCUGACACCAGGCGAGACGGGUUGGAAGACAACCUAUUCGGGAUUCUGUCUGCCGCUCUGCAGAUAGAUCUCGUCGAUCAGAAAGCUGGAGUGCUCCGAAAGCAACUCAGACAUGUUCUUCAUCUUCCUGACAGCCAGACGCAGAGCCAACCCAGCAAGGUGCCUCGGGUGACGAGCAAAACUGAGCCUGGAGACACCCUUUGCUUCGUCAUCAUCUUUGACGCGAUCUCUGAGUAUUGUACGGCUAAUAGCACGUCGAGAAUGAUCUCCAUGCUGAUUGGCUUGAGUUCUUCCCUAGUUAUUAUGGGCCUAUAUGUGAUUGAGCUCCGUUUCAGCCGGGGUUGGACAAUGACCACGGGCUGGCUGCUCACCAUUAUAGGCUAUCUUGGGAUCGUGACAUUUGUCACACUGGCUGCACGGCACAUUCAACUAGCAUGCUGCUCAAUCCGGCUUCGAUCGAAGGACGCAAAGUUGUCUGAACGCUGGCAAAACGGACUGGCGAUAGCUGCACAAUCUGACAAUAAAGGGGGUGCAGAUUUCCUGGUGGCUUUGAACGGUAGUGCUCAAGUAUUUGAAGCCAUUUGGUUGAGACCUCUCAAUACUGCGGCAUGCAUCAAGGCCGAUGUCAUCGGCAUUUUGUUGACGCUGAGCUUUCUCUGUCAUUACCUCGGCCUACGAUCUUCUUCCUGGUGGUUGGGUGUGUGCGAGCUCGCCAUCUGCAUUUCUGCUGCAUUCGCCCGGAGCUUGACGAAAAGCAGACCAGUCAAAUUCCAGCUGCCAUCGAAUGGCUUACACCAUUCCAAGGUAGAUUGGCGGUGUUGCAGCACCGGGCUCAUCACCGUCCAACAGGCUCAUGAAGUCGAUGAUACGACACAGCCACACCCUAACAGACUCGACUUGCGGAUUUAUUCAUCUUAUGACAGUAUAACUUCGCCAGUAACGGCAGAGAGCGUUGCCUGGCUGUGUGCGGUACUGUGCUUGAAUGACCAAACCCUAAUGUCGUGGCUAUUAGACAUCACCGGGAUGAGACUGAGUGUUUGCAAGACUCUUAAAGGAGCCCACGAUCAUGCAAUCAUUGCCUCGUUCUCAGCAGGAAUUUUGUGCCAGGAAGGGCUGGCUUCGACAGACGUAAAUACUUGUGUGGGCUUCUCCUGCAACAGUGAAAGUCUCAGUGCUCCAACCCCAUGGUUCGCUCGAGCAAUCAUGAGACAGCCCCAGUGGAGAGUCAACCGCGACGCGUUUGUCUCGAUAACAGAUACCAUCGGGAAGGUCCACGUACCGUCAUUGAGCUCGCUCAUGACCUGGUGGACGAUGAGCGAGCUCAGGAACGGGCCUGAAGACAAUCAGGAGAACCUACAGUGGGCAUUCCUCUUGCUAAACACUGUAUUCUUUGCACUUUUGCAAUCUGUGUCUUCUUCUGCAGAUACAACAUUGCUGCCUGCCGUUGCAUUGAUACAUGGGACCCCAAAUCCCAAGAUGGAUAGUGUGGCGCGAUCAUUCUUCGAGAGGAUGAAGGCCGAACAACUGAAAUCAGGAGCUCACGGCUCUGUCAGCCAGCCCGGAUCUCAAAUUUGA